AUGGCUGAAGAACAAAAGCCCGUGUUGUUGAUGGACCAUUAUGUUCCCACUACAUACACCCCUUCUUCAAGCCUUCAGCUGCCGAAUAUCACGGCAGCUCAUUAUGAAAUUAAGCCCAGCAUUAUUCAAAUGCUCCAAUCUUUUUAUGGGCUUAAUAACGAGGACCCCUAUAAGUAUCUUGAUGACUUCCUUGAGAUCUGCUUAACCAUGAGGUUACAGAACAUCUCUGAAGAUGCUUUGCGGAAUUCGGGACCUUCUGUAGGAGUGCAAAAUCAAGCACACCCAUUGCCUCCUAAUCAAUCCUAUAAUCCAAAUUAUCGGCCCCAUCAAUAUCAUUACCAGUUAGCUCCUCCUCCUAGAAAUUCUGCUUUUGAGGAGAAAGUUUUAACUGCAAUUGGCAACUUGGAAGCAAAUACUCAAUUGCUGAAUUCUCAUUCCCAAUCGAUUGCCAAGUUAGAAGGUCAAGUUGGACAACUGGAGUGCUUCCAGCGCACCACCCAUAAGCAAGUCCAAGCGGUUACAACCUUAAGGAGUGGAAGGACAGUCGAUAAUCAGGUUAGGCAAAAGAACACUGAAGAAGAUGAAUCCCGACCAAAUCCAAAGUUACCCCUUGAGAAUCCAAAAGAGAAGUUGAAAACCACUCCUGAGACACCUUAUGAGCCUAGAGCUUCAUUCCCUGAACGUCUCAAGGAGCCUCCUAGUGCUAUCCCAUCUUAUGCUAAGUUUCUAAAAGAUUUGUGUACUCAAAAGCGCAAGAUGAGGAAGCGUAGUCCAGAAAAAAUUCUUUUGACCGAGCAAGUGAGUUCUUUGAUACAAGACACCGUUGCCCCCAAAAUUAAGGAUCCGAGUGCUCCGACUAUUUCUUGUAUUAUUGGAGACCAUACCAUUGACAAGGCACUCCUUGAUUUAGGUGCAGGUGUUAAUUUGUUACCUUACUCGGUCUAUGAGCAAUUAGGACUAGGAGAGUUGAAGCCCAUGACGGUUGUCUUACAACUUGCAGACAAAUCCGUAAAGAAACCCCGUGGUAUAAUUGAAGAUGUAAUCAUUAGAGUGGACAGGUUUUACUUCCUAGUAGACUUCAUUGUUCUUGAUACAGAACCUAUCCCAGACCCAGCAAGGCUUAUCCCAGUCAUCCUUGGACACCCUUUCCUAGCUACGGCUAAUGCUUGCAUAAACUGCAAGACAGGAGAAAUGGAGAUAACCUUUGGGAACAUGAAAGUAAGGCUGAACAUUUUCAAGGCUUUUCAGCAUCCACCGGAUAUUAAUGAGUGUUUCUUAUUGGACAUGAUUGAAGAAACUGUUAAAGACACACUACCCAACCUUUUGAUUAAAGAUCCAUUGGAGGCUUGCCUGUCUCACUUUGACUUUGAGGACUUUGAUACAGAGCAUUAUGUUGGCGAAGUAAAUUCAUUACUUGACACUACAGCUGCAAUAGACUUUCCUCCUUGGAGAGUGCCAAAAGAGCUAUUACCUAGCACGUCAGGCAUCCCUCAUAUUCCUUCUCUGAUUUCCCCACCAAAGCUUUAG